GAAGAGAAAUGUGGGCGCCUGUGGCGACGCCCAGGAUUCUUCUUCCUCCCGGCGCGGCUGGAUCGAUUUCGAGGAGGUUUUGCGCGCUUCAGAACCAGGCGCCGCGGAAGCUGAGCAAUGGCUACGCAGGAUUUAUGUCGUGGCUCGCGAGCCGGAACGAUGAUGGCGAUCUAUCGGCGGUGCGCAUUGGGACAUCGCAAGAAUCUGGCAGGGGAUUGUUUGCGAGCCGUCCAGUUCGUGCGGGAGAACGCGUGCUGGAAAUUUCUCUAGACUUGAUGAUAGCUCCUAGUGAUCUUCCUGGCGAGCUCAGCACGGUUUUGUCCAGCACUGUUAAGCCGUGGACCAAACUUGCUCUUAUUGUCCUCAUGGAACGUUACAAAGGCCAGUCGUCAGCUUGGGCACCAUACAUCUCGUGUCUUCCUGAACCAGCGGAGCUCGACAACACGUUUCUUUGGGAGGACACCGAGCUAAGUUACUUGAGGGCGAGCCCUUUAUACGGCAAGACUCGUGAGCGGCUGGAAAUGAUAACAACUGAGUUUGGCCAAGUGCAAAACGCACUUGAUGUUUGGCCUCAACUAUUCGGUAAAGUGUCUCUUGAAGACUUCAAGCAUGUAUACGCCACAGUCUUUUCUCGUUCACUAGCCAUUGGAGAGGACUCGACAUUAGUAAUGCAGAUACCAAUGCUCGAUUUUUUCAACCACAACGCAACCAGCUUUGCGAAGCUCUCAUUUAACGGGCUUCUCAACUACGCAGUUGUUACAGCGGACAGAGACUAUGCUGAAAACGAUCAGAUUUGGAUAAACUAUGGUGAUCUUUCAAACGCAGAGCUUGCACUUGAUUAUGGCUUCGCUGUGCCUGAAAAUCCGUAUGACGAGACUGAUCUAUUGACGCAAUUCCCGGAAAUGAACACGAUACUUAAAGAUCAACUUGGCGGAAACACGCUGGGUCAAAAACCACUUCAUGGUUCUCCUGUGUGCCUGGAAGUAGCACGGCGAAUCGAGACGCAUGAAAAAUCAAUCUUGGAACUAAAUCAACACUCAUGGAGGUCGAGAAGUAGACAACUUCUAGCUGCAGCCGUCCUAGCUGGUGAGCUGAGAGCUUUAAAGAGCGUGAAGCAUCGGCUGGAUGGCACACGCCAGGCAUAACUUUGGCAUCCUGUUCCAUCCUGUGACUUUUACAUUUUUGUUUAAGAUCCUUUUGGAUUGCU